AUGGCCGAUCUCAAGCAUCUCUUCCUCAUCACGAAACACCCAUCAACAACCCAAAUCCUCCUAACCUCUCUCUUCUUCAUCUCCCUCUUCCUCCUCUCCUCUUCCCCUCUCUCAGACUUCUCCCACUCCCUCAUCGUCUCCAGCUUCACCUCUCGUCUCCUCACCGCCGCGAACUUCUUCUCCACGACCGCCUCAGACUCAAACACUCUCUACUCCGUCUCCCCCACAAGCAUCCGAGUCAAGAACGAGUCAAAAAAGAUCGACUCGGCGAGCAAAGAACUCACUUCUUGCGAUAUCUUCGACGGAGCUUGGGUCUCCGACGACUCCGAACCCGUCUACCUUCCCGGUUAUUGUCCUUACGUCGAAGACAAGUUCAACUGCUUCAAAAACGGGAGACCCGACUCGGGUUUUCUUCGUCAUCGAUGGCAACCUCAUGGAUGCUCUGUUCCAAGGUUAGACUUUGAGUGCUCUAUAGACUUCAUCAAGUCACCGUUUCUAGUUCAAGAAUCAGAGGUUUUAGAUGUGUACGGGAAGAGGAAAGAGACGUUGAGGCUUGACAUGAUCCAAGAAUCGAUCAUGAAGAUAUACAGAAACGCAGAUAUUGUUGUGUUCAACACUGGUCAUUGGUGGACUCACCAGAAAACCAAUGAAGGGAAAGAUUAUUUCCAGGAGGGGAAUAGAGUUUAUGAAAAGUUAGAAGUGAAAGAAGCUUAUACAAAAGCUCUACAUACAUGGGCUGAUUGGGUUGAUUCGAGUAUCAACAGUAGUAGAACUAGAGUGUUCUUCGUUGGUUACUCUUCUUCCCAUUUUAGGAAAGGGGCGUGGAAUGCAGGAGGGCAAUGCGAUGGAGAGACAAGACCAAUAGAGAACGAGACGUACACAGGAGGGUAUCCAUGGAUGAUGAGAGUGGUGGAAUCAGUGAUCUCGGAUAUGAAAACGCCUGUGUUUUACAUGAACAUCACGAAGAUGACUUGGUAUAGAACCGAUGGCCACCCUUCGAUUUACAGACAGCCUGUGGAGGUGAGAGGAAGUUCUCCUGCAAGCGGUAUGUUUCAAGAUUGUAGCCAUUGGUGUCUACCUGGAGUUCCUGACUCAUGGAACCAGCUUCUCUAUGCUACUUUGCUUGUUUCACGCGGUUCCUUGCCUUACAAGUCUUCUGGAAGUGUCUUGUAA